CACCCUCCUUCCCUCCGCGCGCCACCUUCCCCUCUCGCCCACGCCAAUGUCUCGAUGACGCAGCAGAAAGCGCCGCACGGCCAGCACAGCGGCAUGCGCGGCCGUCUAGAGUGCCUGCCGUGGCCGCUGCUGGCGGCGCGCGCCAAGCGCCUCCUGCCGACGCUGUGCGGCGCCUUUGUGCUCAGCGUGCUCGUGCUUGUGCGCCCGGUGCAGCAGUUCAUCGGGUCAUACGCCUUUCUUGUGUUUCCCUUCUUCUACCUCUUCUUCUUUCCCGCCGGCACCGUCGGCGACCUGAUCGAGACGGUGGCGCUCAGCCUGUUCGGCGCAGCCCUCGGUCUCGGCCUCUCGACGCUGGGCCUUCAGGGUGCGCGCUGGGUCUCACCAGCUGGCUCGACUGAGUCGUAUCCCGUGCCCAAGGCACGCGCUGUCGCAGCAUGCGUGCUUGUCGGCGGCGUCUUCGUCGGCAGCUUCAUCUCGAGCGCCGUGCCACGCCUCAAGACGGCGGUGCGCAUCGGCAUGUUCUGCAUCAUCUGGAACCUUUCUACCGGCUCCGCAGGCGGCGUGACGGGCAGGACAUUCACCGAGCUCUUCUACCCCGCACUCUUCGCCGGCGCGACUGCCAUGGCCUGCGGCCUGCUCCUCUUUCCUCGCAGCGCCAAGGAGACCUUCGCGACCCGCCUCUCUGCUUCACUCGGCAUCAUUGCAAGCAUUGUCGAGCAGAGCACGGCAGACUUCUUCGCAUCGGAGGGCGACUCGCUGCCUUCGGCCAGGCUGGCGCAGCUGAGGCGGCAGCUCGUCGGCGACUCCGGCAUGGCCCACGCCUUCGAGGCGAGCGGACUAGAGGUCAGCUUCUCGCGCCUGCCCGUGGCUGCGGUCGAGCCGCUGCUCGCGACGAUCACAGGCGUCAAGGGCUGGGUCGCCUGCGGUCUGGGCCUAGGCCUGCAGCUCGACACGCCUGAUAGCGCCACAUCUCGCGGCUCCUCUCAAUCGGAGCGACGGCCUCGAGUCGCCUUUGCUUCUGACGUGCAGACGAAUGUCGAGCAGCUCGGUGCCGAAGUCAGCCGCAGCUUCCGUCUGGUGCAGGCAUGCGUUGAGCUCACGCUCAAAGAUCAAUCGGUGAUCACGCAGCUCUCGCGCGUGUGGUCGCGAGAGCAGCACUCCGAGUUCGCCGCUCUUCGUUCCGUGCUCAGCACCGCGACACUGGCCGGCGGCGGCGCCAGCAAUCCCAAAGAGGCAAAUGAUGGCUUGUCGCCCGACCGUGCGGUGCAGCGCCAGCGCAAGGCCCUGCGUGCCAGCAUCGCCAAGUUCCGCGAGGCUCUGCAGACGGUCCUCGGCCCAGACUUGCCGGGUCGCUCGACCGACAGUGCGAUGCGCCCAACAGCCGACGAUCCGAGCCAGCUUCUGCGCCGACGAGCGCGAGAGCACUCGGAGCGCGCACGCGAGUUCGAACACGGCGCUACCAGUGUGCCAGAGUGGGACGAGAACCUCACGUCCGUGGCAUUCCUGAUGGUCUCGCUGAUGGAGAUCGCCCGGGACGCAUCGGUCGCCCUCAAGGUCUCGCAAGCCAUGCUGCGCUCGUGGCACGCGCAUCCGCGACGCACGAUCUGGCUGCCCGUGGUCGGCUGGCGCAGCUUCCUGAAGGGAGACGCGGCUGAUCAGCCUCCAGACGAGGAGGAAAAGGACGAAAGUAAUGUCGUCGACGAGCCAGUCGACCGCCCUUUCCGAGCGACGGAGAAUCUUUCGCGCGAAGAGCUCGCCAUCGUAUUCGGCAGCGAAGAGGCGCUACCAAAAGCGGCCGAGGAUGAGCAGGGCCAAGGCUUGAUGGCCAAAAUCCACCGCUUCUCCCGUCGACGCAGUGUCGUCAAGAGCCGCAUGCGCCUGUCACGGAACCUCUCGCGUCUCAAGCGCAACAGGCAUUUGCGCUACGCCUUCAAGGUUGCGUUAGGCAUCGGCGUGCUCUCGAUCCCUGCAUUCCUCGGCGGCAGUGCCCGAGAGUGGUGGACCUCGAACCGCGGCCAGUGGAUGCUGGUCUCCUACAUGUACUGCCUCGAGACGUCGACGGGCGCCACGUUCCGCGUAUCGGCUUUCCGUAUCGUGGGCACCCUCACCGGCGUCUCGUACGGCCUGCUCUCGUGGCACAUCUCCAAGGGCAAUCGCUUCGCGCUUGCCUUCCUCCUCACGCUCGGCGAUCCGCCUGCUUCCUGGCUCAUGCAAUUCACGAACGCGCAGGGCAUCGGCACCGUCUUUGCCAUUUCGCAUCCGAUCAUCUCGCUCAUCCCGACGGUGCGGCAAGAGGAGAACGAUGUCAACAAGAUUGGCCUGGACCGCGGCUACAUGAUCUUGCUCGGCAUCGUCGCCGCGCUGCUGGUCAACCUCUUCCUCUGGCCGUACCACGCCCGCGUCUUUCUGCAGCGCCACGUGGCUCGCACCACAUUCACGCUCCAACAGCUGUACCUGAGCUUGGCGCGCCAGACGAUUUCGGGCUCAGUGCCGAGCCCGACCUCGCGGGCGCGCUUCGCUGCGCUAGAGGGACGAUUGCAGAGCCAUCUCGAUCGCUGCAAGGGUGACUUGUCCAUCAUGGUUAGCGAGCUGUCGAUUGCGCCGAUGCCGACGGAUCACUUUGCGCUGCUCGUCGGCUCGCUGCAGAGCAUCGCAGACCUCAUGAUCUCUCUCCGCCAGCUGCGCGAGACGUUCAUGCUGCGGUCUGUCUACAACGAAACGGUCGUCAAUCUGCUCGACCUGCGGCGAGACUUCAUCUCCUCGGUGCUCCUCGUGCUGUGGAGCGUAGGAGCCGCUAUCCGGACGCACACACCUUUGCCUCAAUUCCUGCCUUCUCCUCGUCUGGCGCUCGACGACCUGACACUGGCGCUCAAGGAGCACUACCACCGCCGCCGCGGCCUGCAGCAUUCUGCGAGCGCAUCGCUGUCAGACAUGGUGCACCAGGCGCUCUCGACCGGCGACGCGGCCUCGAGCCGACGCUCGAAGCACGGACAGCAUCACGCAUUCUCGGCCGUGCAUACUCCGCAUCGCACUCGCCCUCCUUCUCCGUCCAGCUCCGGCGCAGCGACGCCAGUCACGCCUGCACAUGUACGCGAAUCAAGCGCACCGGUCCAGGGCAUCUCCACGCCUCCGCGGCAUCGCGGCGUAGACUAUGAGGCGUCAUCGUCGACGUUCUUCACUCUCGCCGAGCACUCUAUCCUCGCCGCCAUCUCGCAGCAGCUCGAGAUCGUGCUCAGCGCGACGCGCGAUCUAGUCGGCGAAGCGACGUUCAUCUCGACGUCCUUCCUGCCGCGCGAAGCCGUCGGCGCCGCGCAGAUGCAUCAGCUCAGCAUGAGCAUGACGCACCACCAGAGCCUGACGCUGCAAGGCGAGCUCGCUGCACGGCUGGCGGCUCAGCGGCCCGGGCCCUCGGACCGCGAAGUACCGGACGCAGCCACCGAGCUGGCUGAGCUUGCAGCACAUGGCUCGCGCUCGACGCAGCUGCCACGCCUCGACGAUCUCUUCUCGCCGUCGACUGCGGGCGCGACGAAGGCGGCUCGCCCAUCUUGACCACGUCGCUAGUCAUUCUCAUCACCUCGAGUCGACGGCACAGGCAAGCACGCCAGAGCAGCCGGAGAGCUACCAGCGCUAGGAAUCCAGCCUCGACCCCAGUCACCUCUAGAGCGCCGCGACGCGCACCCCUGCUUCCCCUGCACCCGCCCAAUGUACUUGUACGCGACACACGGAUCCAAGUCUUCGCACAC